AUGUCUUCAGCUGUUAUUUAUGAUUCUGGUGAUGUUUUAGUUAAUUAUACAAUUCCAGGAAUUGGUGAAAACGUAUCACUUCCAUUUAAAGAAAUUGAUGAGUUUCUUAGAGAUGAACUUAAUUUAGCUAUCAUCUCGGGAGUUUCAAUUGGUGCAUGUUCUUUAUUAUUCAUUUUAUUAUUAGGUAUUUUAAAAAAUAAUUAUACUAAAUUAAAGAAAUCAUGGUUAUAUCAUCUCAACAUUUUAAUUUGUUUAGUUAAUGUCCUUAGAGCUAGUUGUUUUAUUAAUUAUUUAUUGAGUGAAUUAGCUUCAGUUAGUUUUACUUUUACAGGGGUAUAUAAUAUGGCUUCCUUUGCAAAUGCAGAAGCAGCCAACUGGUUUAUGUUGAUUUUAUACAUUUUAAUUCAAAUGAGUUUGACAUUUCAAAUUUAUAUCAUGUUUAAUACUCCAAAUUUGAAAAGAUGGGGUUAUUUGGUUACAGCUUUAAGUAUAUUAUUAGCAUUAACAUCUUGUACCUUCCAAUUGUACUCAGUUAUAACUCAACACCUUAGAUAUGAAAGCACAAAAAAGCAUUUACCACAAACUUACGUUCAAAAUAUUUUAAAUGAUUUACAAAUUAUAUUAUUUACUGCAAAUAUUUGUGUAAUGUCUUUAUUAUUAAUUUUUAAAUUAAUUUUAGCAAUUAGAACAAGAAGAUAUCUUGGUUUAAAACAAUUUGAUUCAUUUCAUAUUUUAUUAAUAAUGUCAACUCAAACAUUUAUAAUUCCAUCAGUUUUAUUAAUAGUCCAUUUUGUUAAAAAGGAUCAAAAUUCAACUUAUGUUAAUUUUUGCUUUUUAUUGAUUAUUUUAACAUUACCUUUAACUUCAUUAUGGUCACAAACAGAAAAUAGUAUUAAACAUAUUAAACAAGCUCCAAGUAUUUCAUUUUUAAGUAGAGAAUCAAGUAAUAAAAGUCAACAAGAAACAUUGAAAAAUUUUGGAAUUGUUUCAUCAAAAUUUAAUUCAAAUAUUUCAAGUCAAACAUCACCAAGUACUUUAAAAGAUGAUGAUUGUAGUUUAGUAUUAGAGAAAAGUAUUGAAUCAAUAAAUAGUAAUAAUUCGGGUUUAACUGCUAGUUUACCAAAAGAUAUUGAAAAUUUAUUGAGCGACAAUGAUGAUAAUAUUGUUUCAAGGCAAGUUACAAUGUUAAAAACUGAGACAAGAUCAGUAGUCUAA